AUGUCACUAGUCGGCUGUUGCUCUUCUCGUCCUGCCGCUUCUCCGGCUAACAAUGACGGCGCACUUGACCCUCCUCCUCCUCCAGUCGCCCACCUCAAUGUCUCCAACUCUUCGUCGCGCAAUCUCAAUGCGCCGUCCUCGCGGCAAGCCUCGGUGCCUUCCUCGCGCGGCUCGCUUCGGAACCUGGGCCGCUCUCACGUAGCUGCAUCCUCCAGUUCAAACGCUCAGCCUGCGGCCAAUGUUCGCCCGAAUCAGGCCCUCACGCCCAUUCCCGCCGAUCAGCGCUCCACACUCCCCAACACACUUGCCUCGCCCACAACCGCUAAGAGCAGAAACCGCGUUAAGCCGCUCACAGGACCUUCAAGUCAGGCCUGGACGCAAAGACGACUUGACAAGGAGCGGGCAGACUGGUGGGACACACGGGUCACGGGCUCAUCUGAGGUGUGGGCCUGCCUUCGUGUCGCAUCUGAGGCUCUACAGACCGGCGAUGUUGCCACUGCGCAGGGCUUGCUUGACGCCCUUGGGUGCACAUGUCCAAAUGGUCAGCUUUGGGGCGGUGUCUACGAUGACAGAGGUACCCUCUACAAGGUGCCUGAGUGGCUGAUCAUCGAGCCCGCUGGUCUCGUUGAAGAGGACAUGUUGGCAAGUGCGGUCGAGGAUAACACUGAUGUUGCCGAUGCAGUCGAUGAGCAAGCCUUGGGCCUGGAUCAGGACUUUGUCGUUCGCGUACGCAUCAGCAGCACAUCGCAAGAUUUUCGGAUUUCAGUGUGGAGGCGAGAAACCAUCGCGUCCAUCCGCGAGAAGCUUAAGACGCAGGCACAGUUGGACCCAGACGAGAGGAUUCGAAUCGCAUACGGCGGGCGAAUCUACGCCGACCACGAGAUCCUUGAAACAAACGGCUUUUGGAACUAUGAAAAUGACUACAUCCUCACAUGUUACGUUGGACCGAAAGACUCUAUCCCAGUAUAA